AUGGCAGCUGCAGAUGUCGUCCCCGAUGCGAGAGAUAUCGUCCAAGACCCUCCUGAAUUGUCCCUGAAGCCUCGUUCGGCAGGGCACAAACAGACCAACGGAGAUGUGGAACACGAUGCAGAAACUCCCCAACGACCACACGAGAACGAGUGGUACCGGUCCGGUUUCUCGUCCAACGGCUACCGCAUCCACGAGGAGCCGCUGCACACGCGACGACCGAUGCGUGUGCUGAUCGUCGGCGCCGGGGCCGCGGGGCUCCAGAUCGCGUACAAGGCGCAGCGCCAACUGUCCAACGUGACGUUUGCCAUAUACGAGAAAAACUCGGCCGUGGGCGGCACCUGGCUGGAAAACCGGUACCCAGGCUGCACAUGCGACAUCCCCAGCCACUCGUACCAGUUCAGCUUCUGGCGCAAGCCGGACUGGAAGAGCUACUACGCCGGCGCCGAGGAGAUCCGCCAGUACCUCCAGGCGUUUGCCGUCGAGAACGACCUGGAACGCUUCGUCCGCUUCGGCCACCGCGUCGACGAGGCUCGCUGGGACGCCGAACGGGGUGUAUGGAAGAUCAAGGGUCACCUAGCGGAUGGCUCCGAGUUCACCGACGAGGGCGAAAUCCUGGCCUCGUGCCACGGUGUUUUUAAUUCGUGGAAAUAUCCAAAUAUCCCCGGAAUCGAUCAAUUCAAGGGCAAGAUCAUGCACAGCGCCGCCUGGGACGACAGCGUCGACUUGACCGACAAGAAAGUCGCCGUUGUCGGGGGAGGUUCCUCGGCCGUGCAGAUCAUUCCGUCCAUCCAGCCUUACACAAAGGAACUACACGUCUUCUUGAGGUCGCCCGUCUGGAUCACAGCUGGGUUCGGCGCGAAACACGCUGCGCCGGGUGGCGUCAACUUUGACUAUUCUGAGGAGCAAAAGAACAAGUUUGCCAGCGACGAGGCCGUCCUUGACAAGUACUGUCGAGAAGUCGAGGGGGAGCUCAACAAACGGUUUACCUUGAUGCACCUCGACAGCGUCGACCAGGCCGCGUCGCGCGAGUUCGUGGCCAAGAGCAUGUUCCAAAAGCUGGCCGGCGACCCGCGGCUGACGGCGCACCUGAUCCCGCAGUACGCGCUGGGCUGUCGCCGCAUGACGCCCGGGUCCGACUACCUGCAGUCGCUGCUGCGGCCCAACGUCGAGGUCAUCACGCAGUCGGCCGCGGAGGUCACGGAGAUGGGGCUGGUGGACGCCUCGGGGAGGCACGUCGACGUCGACGUCAUCAUCUUCGCCACGGGCUUCGACACGAGCUUCUGUCCGCCCUACACCCUGGUCGGGGAGAGCGGGCGGAACCUGCGCGACGAGUGGGCCGACUUUCCAAGGGGAUACCUGAGCGUCAUGGCCGAGGGAUUUCCCAAUAUGUUCCUCUUCAUCGGUCCCAACGGCCCAGCUUCGCACGGCUCCAUCCUCCCUAUCCUCGAAUGGCACACGCGGUACAUGUUCAAGAUCAUCUCGCACAUGCAGCGGACGUCUAUCAAGUCGCUAGGCCCGUCGCGCGAGGCCGUUGCGGAUCUGUACACGCACACGCACGAGCUGCUCAAGCGGACUGCCUGGUCGAGAUCGUGGUUCAAAAACGGCCGGGUCCACGGCCCCGUCACCGCCAUCUGGCCCGGCAGCCGCCUCCACUACUUUGAGGUGCUGGCCGAGCCGCGCUACGAGGACUUUGUCAUGACGUACCGCGACAGCGGCAGCGGCAGUGGUAGUGGUAGGGGAAACCGGUUCGCAUACCUGGGCAACGGGUACACGCAGGCCGAGCUCGACGAGGACAGUAAUCCCGUGUGGUACUUUGACGUCUUGGGCAGGGAGCUCGCAAUGGGGAAAAAAGCGUUUGGGGUGGUAGAAUAG